UGUGCGCAGGCGGCGCGCGGUGGCCGUUGGCGGCGGCGGCCGAGCAGGCUGGGUGAGUGUGCACCAAGCAGGCGCCGCAACGAGCACAUCUCCGACCGCCGGCCGACGCAACGCACUCACACACUCAUCAAAAGGUCACGCAGCCAGCCGCGAAAUGACCAGCUCCGGCCUUCUCGUGCAAUUUCUCUGCAUCCUGCUGCAAGGCGUGCUGCGCGGAGGCGCCGACGAGAACGAGUACCGGCUGACGCGCUUCUUGUUGCGCGAUUACGACGCCUCGGUGCGACCCGUGGAGAACAGUUCGCUGCCGCUCACCGUCACCUUCGGCAUUUCCCUGCACCACAUCAUCGACGUGGACGAAAAGAACCAAAUCCUGACGACCAACUGCUGGCUGACGCACGUGUGGACGGACCACCACCUGCGAUGGAACGCGUCCGAGUUCGCCGGCAUCAAAGUGGUGCGUCUGCCGUACACGCGCGUUUGGAAACCCGACGUCAUCCUCUACAACAACGCUGAUUCGCAGUACAGCAACGCGGUGAUCAACACAAACGUGAUCGUGUCUAGCGGGGGCGAAGUGGUGUGGCUCAGCCACGGCAUCUACCGCAGCUCGUGCGACAUCAACGUCGAGUUUUUCCCCUUUGAUGUGCAGAGCUGCCAAAUGAAGUGGGCCUCGUGGACCUACGACGGCUAUCAGGUGGACCUGGUGAAGCAGACGGAACAUGGCGACGUGAGCAACUACCAGCCCAACGGGGAGUUCGACCUCGUCAGCUUCGAGGCCGAACGGCACGUGGUCAUAUACUCGUGCUGCCCUGAGCCCUACCCUGACAUCACCUACACCAUCCGCAUCCGGAGGAGACCUCUCUUUUACGUCUUCAACCUCAUUCUGCCCUGCAUGCUGAUCAACUCGAUUGCCCUGUUGGUGUUCUAUGUGCCGUCCGAGAGUGGCGAAAAGGUGACUCUUGGCAUUUCGGCGCUGCUCUCCAUGACCGUCUUCCUCAUGACCAUCCGAGAGAGCCUUCCGCCGACAGAAAAGACGCCGCUCAUAAGUAUGUACUACGGAGUGAGCAUCUGCCUGGUUUCCUUCGCCAGCGGGCUGAGUGUGGUCACCCUGAACGUGUACCACAGAGGCGUGCGAGGUGCUGGUGUGCCUAAACUGCUCAAGCGACUCGUGCUCGGUCCUUUGGCACGCAUCGUGUUCGUCCACUUUGACAUCGCUGAAACGCCCAGUUCCGUCCACCAACCAACCCAAGCCCCUGUCCAGCGGUACAAAUCGCAGGAGAGCAACUCGCGGUCUGGCGGGCGAGGGGACAGCGUGCGGAUGGACAAGUGGACGCACCACUCGCACUCGCCGGACAGCGAUCACCGCGGUGCCGAAUACUCGCCGGAGCGGUCGCCGCGGUUCGUGCCGCGCCGACAGCAGCGCCGCGACUCGAACCCAGACAGUCUGGAGGGUCAGUUCCUGCGCGCCCUGCACAAAAUCAACGCGGCGAUCGAGCGGAACGAGGUGCGCGUGCUGGAGCGCGAGCGUCGCGAGAGCGCGUCGCGCGAGUGGAAGCAAGUGGCGCUGGUGUGCGACCGCGUGCUGCUGUGGGCCUUCCUCUUCACCACCGCCGUCACCACCACUGCCAUCCUCUUCUCCAGCCCGCACGGACCCUGAGAAAUGGCCGCCGACACGCCCCAAGUCCGGCGACCGCUGCACAAGGGGAUGAUUAAUUGAUUAAUUAAUUAAUUUAUAAACCGGCCAGGGGUUGCAUUUUUUCUCUAAUCAUCCGGUCCUUUGAUGUCGCCGUCGCCGCCGCUGCCGCUUUGCGUGUCUAAUCGAAACUUGGAGGGCUUUUCAUUUGCUCUCGCUUUGUCGCGACGAAAGCGAGCCAAAGUUGCCCAAUUUAUCAUUCAACCCUGGUCC